UUUGCCUACGAAAGCUUUGUUCAGUGUCGUGUAUAUUUCGCGUCUGACACAUUUCUUUCAUCUCAGUGAAGAUCUUUCACGUUCUCUCAUUUGCUUGAUCACUAUUACAUUAUUUUUGUUAUCACAUUUAUUUUUAAAAGUUCGAUGUUACAGUAAAGACAAUUUAGAUAACAGAAUAAUAAAUAAAGCAGUUUAACAUCGUUAAAAAUCAGUUAAAUAAAUGAACUAGAGUUUUUCUUGAGGGUGAAUUUAAUUUGUUGUGCUUUAGUAAAGUGUUCAAACAAUUUAUUCAGUUGUUUCGUAAUAAAAGUGAUCCACGUGGUGAGUUUAGUAGUGAAAAUUAAUUACGUGAGUGUAUAUACAUUUGUAUGAGUGCUAACGAGCUUUGGUGACUUUCACACGAAUGAACAUAUAGUUUACUCCCGAUCAAGAGUUUCUCUUCAAUACAUUGAUUACCCUCAGUACCAACAAGAGGCUUUAAUUAAUUUCUCAUUGAUUUAUCAUACAUCGAAUUUUAUUCAUUUAUAUUAUAUCAUUUCUUCAAACUGAAUCUUCUUGUGUUUAUCAACUCUAAUCAUUCUUUUAUCUAUCCCAAGUUGAUCUAAAGUUUGUUCUAAUCAAGUGUAAGAAGAAGAAAAACAUUAAAAACUUAUCAAGUUGAUUCGGGUCAAUGAAAACUACCACCAAGGCUUUUAGUGGCAUAUUGGAGGAGAAAAAAAAAUUCACCAAACGCUUUCCACCUCUAAGAUGAAUACUCCGUCGAAACUUUUCCAAGUAAUCGCCAUGUCUAUCAUGAGUGGACUCGGCAAUUAACGAGAACAAAAAACUCAAGUAAAUCUCAUCUAGAAUUUCUUAGUGUACAGUUUUUUUUAUGUAAUUAUCUUAUCAUUAGAGGGUAAAUAAAAAUGUUUGAAUAAAUCGGAAACAAAGCAAGUGAAAUAAUAAAAGGAAAAUAAAGACUUUAUUUAAAAGAUAUUGGACAGUUAACCUCCGGAGUUCUUUGGAAAUUCACGUAAAUCUUAAAGUACGAAAGUAGGGCUGGAUAGUUACGUCAACUUCCUUUAUAGAAUACAAAAGAGAAUCGGUGAGACCUAAAGGAGGAUCCUUGCUUUCGGUUCCAGGAAGAAGACUAGUGUAUAACACUUUAGAGCGUUUGUUGAACUGAACAGAAAAAAAAAACAAAGGAAUAUAAAAGAAGAAAAUAAAGAAACUAAUAAACAUAGAGAAGAAAAAUCCCGUCUGAACUGGCGUGAGAAAGAGUAAUCUUGUUUAUAUUUUCUUUACUUUGGUGUCAUAAUAAUUCUGCUAAUCCUCAUCUCCAGAGUAGAAAUGUUAUUAAGAUGUGCUUCAAAUGAGGCAGUCGAUAAAUAGAAGAUGGCAAGAAAAUUCGAGGAAGAAAUAGUAAUUGAAAAUUGAUGAUGAAAAUGGGUUAUAAGGAUUUAGAUAAAAUUAAACGAUUUGAGAUAUUUUAUUGAAGAGAAUACAUUUAUAAGUUAACAAGAAGUGUCUGUAUAAAUUACAAUUGGAUACACACCACAAGACUGAAUAGGAAUGACGCGACAGCGUGUCACGUAGAAUUAAAGCCUGUUUCAGUGGAGAUGCGACACCGACGCGUUAUCUUCAGCCCCGCCCUUCUACUCCUGAUGAUCCACACGAUCAUCCUCGUCCUGGCCGGUGACCAAGAGAGGAACGUGUGGUACGAUGCAGCUACGAGGAGCAUCGAAACUAGGAUACGAAUGGCUACAGCCGCGACUACUUCGGGUGUCACACCCCCAAAUGGAGAGGCCAAAGGUGUUGUCCUCUUUGUUGGUGAUGGUAUGGGAAUGAGCACACUUACUGCUGCCAGAAUUCUCUCCGGCCAACGCCAGGGACGUACUGGAGAAGAAACGGAACUCAUCUGGGACACAUUUCCAGCUGUAUCUCUUGCUCGAACGUACAACAUGGAUGCCCAGGUGGGAGAGUCUUCAGCAUGUGCAACAGCCCUUUUAUGUGGAGUGAAGGCAAAUUAUGAGACACUAGGAUUAGAUUCAUCAGCAAAAUUCGAUAACUGUCUAUCCAGUAAGACAGCUAGAGUGCCGUCAAUUAUGGAUUGGGCACAGGAGAGAGGCAAAUCAACUGGUCUCGUUACCACAACUAGGGUUACUCACGCUACGCCAGCAGCUCUUUAUGCCCAUGCUUCAAGUCGCUACUGGGAGGAUGAUGCUAAAGUGCCUUCAGCAGCUCGAAUAUCAUGCAAAGAUAUUGCACGACAACUUCUUGAAGAUGAACCAGGGAAGAAUAUUAAUGUAAUCUUAGGAGGAGGUAGACGACAUUUCGUCUCCAAAGUGACCCAAGAUCCUGAAGAACCAGACAAAGAAGGCAGACGUCUGGACGGCAGGAAUCUAAUUACUGAGUGGACAAAAUAUCACCAGAGCUCUACGGCAAAGUAUGUCUAUUCCAAGGAACAAUUUGAUGAAGUGGAUCCGUCGAGAGUCAACUAUUUACUUGGUUUAUUUGCCUACUCUCAUAUGGACUUCGACGUUGAUCGUAACACAUCAAGCAGUGGUGAUCCAUCUUUAACUGAAAUGACGAUCAAGGCAUUACGAAUACUGAAAAAAAACUCCAAGGGUUACUUCUUGUUUGUUGAAGGGGGAAGAAUAGACCAUGCGCAUCAUUAUAAUAACGCUUACAGAGCGUUAGAUGAGACGUUGGCAAUGGAGGAGGCAGUACGAGCAGUCAUGGAUGAAGUUGACCUUUCAGAGACGCUUCUAAUAGUUACGGCUGACCACUCCCACGUAUUGACUCUUGGUGGUCUAGCUACAAUCCGGGGUAACCCAAUCUUCGGAUCCGACAGCAAAAAGUCAGACGUGGAUGGAAAACCAUAUACGACUCUGUUGUAUAGCAAUGGCCCAGGUCACACGGAGCCACGAUCUGUCAUGCGAGAAGCUGGAAAGGAUUCCAUUCAGACUGCAGGGGUGCCGAGAACUUGGGCAACACAUGGUGGUGAAGAUGUUCCAGUAUUUGCAAUUGGUCCACUAGCAAGUGUUUUAUUCUCUGGAAGUUUUGAUCAAAGCUACAUUCCUCAUGCUAUUGCUUACGCUGCAUGCUUUGGACGGUAUGCAAAUCGAUGCUCUUUCGACCUCAAUCUCACGAUUAACGAGACUAUAGUCGCGCCAAUAAGUUGCCCAUCAGCUGAACCCAACAGUGCUGCUAUAUCGAGCGAUGUGAUGAAUGAUCAAGCAAGAAAUCCACCCUUAAAACCAAAUAACUGCUCCAUCGUUUCUUCUCUCUCAAUUCUUCUCCUCUUUCUUCUUAUCUCGCUAAGCUUCUCCUCAGGGAGUUAAUAUCUAAGAGAUGUAGAUAUUUUGCCUCAUUCUCCUACAGAAUUGAUAUCUUCAGAGCCAUGGGAUUCGAUAAAGUUUCAGGAGCUCAUGCGAGAUAUUUGUAUAAAGUAUUUUAGACAAGUGAUAAAUAAAAUUUCUCAAGAAAUAAUAAAUGGUUACGAAAAAUCUCUUCAAGUGUCGACAGAAAAUUUGGCAGAUCACAGCCGUUGAAAAAUUUGAAGCUAAAGUUUGCGGAUAUAACUUACGAUAAAUCGGACUUGUUAUUACUUGAAGGAAAUACCUUGCUUCAACUCCAAAGACUGAGUUCAAUAUUCCAGUUAUUCGUGCUUCUGUCGACUCAAGGUCUUGGAAUGUGAACUUUGAUAGUGGUGCAUAAAGACUAUUGAUAGUGAAGAAUCUUUGGUUAACAUUGUCAGUGUGAAAAUCUCUCACAAUUGUGAUAUGGGAUUUCAUUUUAUCUAUGAAAAGAAAAUUGAGGGAAUUGUUUCAACUAUUUCAAAAAUUGAAAAUUUGUGUAAAUUAUUAUCUAAUGCAUUUUUCAUGUUGAAAACAGUCUAGAAAGUAUUGUUAUUAUUUAUUUAUUCAAUAAAUUCUAUCAAUAAUGAUAAAAAAAAUAACUUUUAUCUACAAAUUUACUUUAUUUUUUUAUUUAAAAAGUUUUUGAUUAAUUAAAAUAUUUAUUGUGAUUUUUUAUUUAUUUAAUUAGUUAAAAAUAAUUGAAAAUAAAAUAGACUAUUUUCAACAUUAUUGCAAAAAAAUGGAACUGUACUAGAUAAGAAAUAGAAAGAUAUUAAACUAAAGUUUUGCACUUACAUACUACACUCACAACCAUUUAUUUUGUAAUUCACCUAAAUAGAAGCAUGAAUAUUGAUUUCAAUUAAUGGUAUGUUGUGAGAUGAUGAAGAAAUUCACUCAAAAAUAUUUGAUAACUAAGUUCGAUAUAUGAUUGAUCACACACGAUUAAUGCAAACGAUUAAAAGAAAGUAAUUGAAUAUGAUUUAAGAAUCAGAAAUGUCAUAUUUGAUGACUUUCGUUUAAUUUAUUUAUAUGUGUAAAUAAUACGAACAAGAGGAAUUAUUGU